AGACGUUCAAAAGACGUCUAAAAUGUGUUUAAGUUGUUUAAAAGACGUCUUUUAAACAUCCGUGCCCACUGGGGAGUGUUAACUUGACGCUGUCACGAGCCCACAUAUUGUAAUGAUGUGUGGCCGAACGGCUUGUGUACGUUCAUCAAAAGAGAUAGCACAAGCAUGUUCUUAUCAAAACAAAACUGGUAGCAUAGUGCAGCCACAAUGGGUUAACAGUAGUUCAUGUUCUUACAAGCCUUCUUAUAAUAAGGGACCAAAGUCUUCUUCAGCUGUUCUGUUAAUCAACUGCAAUUAUGAAAGAGUUUUGCAACCGAUGCAGUGGGGCUUGGUUCCAUCAUGGCAUAAAGGUUGCCCAAAGACAUUUGCAUUUAACAUGAUAAAUGCUAGGCUUGAUACUUUAACAAACAAAAAGUCUUUUAUGAACAUUCUUCAAAAAGGUCAGAGAUGUAUUGUAUUGGCUGAUGGAUUUUAUGAAUGGCAGACUAUAGGGACUAAAAAGCACCCAUAUUAUAUUCACCUCAAAGAUGAUAUUAAACCACAGCCAGAUACAGAAGAAAAGCAGCUGUUAACUAUGGCUGGUUUGUUUGACAAACACUCUUCAGAAGAAGGUGAAAUCUACACCUACACCAUUAUUACUGUUGAUGCAUCUGACACAUUUAAAGUGUUGCAUGAUCGCAUGCCUGCAAUAUUAAAUAGUCCAGAUGCAGUUGACAAGUGGCUGGACACAACAUCUGUUACUUGGGAAAAUGCAUUAAAGCUGUUGCUACCAUUAGAUUGUUUACAAUGGUAUCCUGUUUCAACAUUUGUCAAUAAUGUACGACAUGAUAGUUCUAAUUGUUUGAAGAGAAUUGAUGAAAACGACGGAGCUCGCAAAUCCAGGAGCUGCUUGUUGAUGCAUAAUUGGUUAAAGGUAUCUGAUACAAACAGUAGCUCGUCGAACAGAGUAUGCGAUGCACCCAGUGUUUCUUCGAACAAAAUAUCUGAUAUAACCAGUGAAUUGUCGACCGAAACUCAUAAACCUCCUUCAAAAAAAAGAAAAUUAUAAAAAAAAACAUUUUUUUUAAAGAUUUUUGGCUUUUAAAUAUUUAUUUGUAUCUUUUUUUCUUUCUGAAAAAAAUAUUAAAAAAAUAUAUAUAAAA